AUGUCAAACAAUAGAAGUAUUGUAUAGUAAAAUAUAUUAGAUUAUUCACCAUCAAGAGAAAGAGUAGCAAAAAUAAGUUCUUAAUUAAGUUAAAUGGAUUUAACAAUAGAAGGAGAGAGAGUAAUAUAUAAUUAUUAAUAUUUAGACUAAAAGAAUUGAAGAAUCAGAAACAAGAUUAGAUUAAUUGGAAUCAGGUUUGAAUGAAUUAAAUGAAUAAUUAAGUUAAAGAGUAGUUUUGAUUAAAGAUAGUGUAUUGAAAUUAUAGAAAGUGUUGGAUUAAACAAAAUUAUAAAGAGAAUAACAUUUUGAAUAAAAAUAAAAGGAAUAUAUAGAUUUAGAGAAUUCAUUCAAUUAGGCAGUUGAAGGAUUAACAUCAACAAGAAAAGAUGGAGAAUAAAAAAUAAUAAGAUUUAUUGAAGAAAAGACAGGAUUAAUAAGAAGUGAACUAAGUACAGAAAGUAGAACAAGAAAUGAAAAUAUUGAAAGAUUGAAUUAAUGUUUAGAAACUGAUUUACCAAGAUUACAUGAAGCUAUAAAGACAGAAGUAGCAGAAAGAGAAGAAAUGGAUUCAAAUAUAUCUAGAAAGAUGAAUGAAGAAUUAAGCAAAUUAAACUAAUUAUUAGUUUNA